CCUGACUCCUCCCCAAGUUCAGCCUGGUGUCCACUCAGCCUCCCACUGCUUCCCUUCAUCUGACCAGUGUCUCCUCUCAACUCUUAAUACCACUGAACAACCACAGAGAGGACCAGCCUUUCACUUCAGUGCAGAAUGCCUUUCGGGGGAGGAAACAAGUGUGGCUGUUGCCAGAAAACUGUCUACUUCGCUGAGGAAGUGCAGUGUGAGGGGAAGAGCUGGCAUAAAUCCUGUUUUCUGUGCAUGGUCUGUAAGAAGAACUUGGACAGCACAACCGUGGCCGUUCAUGUAGAUGAGAUCUACUGCAAAUCUUGCUAUGGCAAGAAGUACGGGCCGAAAGGCUACGGCUUUGGAGGUGGAGCCGGCACUCUGAGUAUGGACACGGGAGAAGGACUUGGAAUCAAGCCUGAAGUACAAGCUCCUCAUCGCCCUACGAAUAACCCCAACGCUUCAAAGUUUGCCCAGAAAACCGGGGGCUCGGAUGUGUGCCCUCGCUGUGGGAAUACAGUGUACGCAGCGGAGAAGGUUAUCGGAGGAGGCAAUUCCUGGCAUAAAGCCUGCUUUCGCUGCGCCAAGUGUGGCAAAGGACUCGAGUCCACGACCGUGGCUGAUAGAGAUGGGGAGAUCUUCUGUAAAGGUUGCUAUGCAAAGAACUUUGGUCCCAAGGGGUUUGGCUUUGGUCAGGGUGCAGGAGCUCUGGCUCAUUCCCAGUAAAGCCUGAAGCCUCGGCCCACCUGGGACUGACAUCUGAGCUCUGAUAUCAUCGCUUCCAGGAUCCGUCAGUCAAUAUCUAGCCUAUUUUACUCUGCCCUUUCACUCUAGCUAAAAGGCAUGGACGAAUGAAAGAAGCACACAACACACAGCUUUUUGAAUGAGUUCACCAAGUAGAUUUUGCUCUGUGUGAUGCAUUUGAAUCUAGAUUAUGAUGUUCUAGUUUUUGACUGGUUAAACAACUAAAUGUCAUGCUAAACAUUUAUAACACUGAAUUAUAACUCAGUGUUUUGAUGUGCACAUUGUGUGUGUUUAAAGUGACUAGUUAACAGCAAGCUGGCUCCAAAAUAAAUAAUAAUAUUAAUAAUAAUUAAAACUCUGUGGUGGCAGUACUGAGACCCUCGCACUAUAGUAACAUGAUUGAGUUUGGCAAAUAUUGAGUAUGUGAAUCAGUCGAACAAAAUAAGACCAACAUGUUCCCAACUGACAGCUGUGAAAAAAAGGCUCACAUUAUGCUUCAGUUACACUUAAGAGAAAAUCUUCUUUCCUGCCUUACAUGUCACAUGGUGUAAAUACUGUUUUAAGAUACACGCUAUUGCUGAGACACAAAAUAAAUAUCAGGCAAAAAAAGGA